GUUAUGGGGGAGAAGUAUGUAAGGCUGUAUUCUAAAGAACACUCGGACAGUAUGUACCCACACGAAGGUCACUUGCUCCAUAACACCAGUCAGAUUGACCUGGAUUCACCCGACCUCGAUCAGUUCCCUAAGUUUGCCAACCUUCCAUGCCUGGAAUGUGUGCUGAAACCAGGAGACAUGCUAUACAUCCCCCCAGGCCACUGGCACUAUGUAAAGUCACUGUCAGUCAGUUUCUCUGUCAGCUUUUGGUGGCAGUGA